AACAAUUGCUAAAAGUUAUAUAAAAAUACUUUUCAAAUUUAAUGCAAUAAUAAACUAAUAAUUGCACAAAUAUUUGAAAAAAAGAAAAAUAUUGUUGAGUAUAAUUUCUAACUUCCGCACCAGAAAAUUUGUUUACCAAACCAACAAUAAAGCGCCUCGAGCGGUACCUUUCAACAAACAAGUUAAAAACAAUAAACAAUGUAUGCCAAACACAAACAAUUGCAUAGAAAAAUGCUGAACAAUUGUAAAAGAGCUAUAGGCAACGACUCGCGGCGACAUCUACUGAAAUUUGCAUAUGGAUUUCUCAUAUUUUUAGCAACAAUGUCUUGUCAGAAUACGUACGCCAUUGACUUGUCCAGCUUCAACAAUUGCUAUGACAUCAAAAAACAAGGCUUUGAUGAACGCUGGAACGCCACGGCACCCCGACAGUUCAUAGCAGGAAAUAAGACAGCCACGAUAGCGACAAUAGUAGAGAAAUACCAUCAAGAUGCCAUAUUUCAUGUUGCAAACGCAACGUCAACGGAAACAGUGCCGCAAACUUCAACGACUUCCGGUUGGAAUUGUUGUUGUUGGAAUUCAACUAAUCAGGAUGAAGUUGAAUGCAGAUGCGAAGGCGAAGCACUCACGCGUGUACCACAAACGCUUACAGUAUCAAUGCAAAGGUUGACAAUUGCCUCGGCGGGAUUACCUAGACUACGAAAUACAGGACUAAAAGUUUACGCAGAAAGUCUGUUGGAUGUUGUCCUGAUUGAUUUACAACAGUUGGAAACAAUCCAGGAUGGCGCAUUCGCCACCUUAAAAUUACUGCGUACCAUCUAUAUUUCCCAUGCACCAAUGUUAACGUAUCUGUCAAAGGAUGUUUUCCAAGGCAUUUCAGACACCAUAAAAAUAAUCCGAAUAAUAAAUAGCGGCUUAAUGACUGUGCCGGAUUUAAUACAUUUACCACCUCAAAAUAUUUUACAAAUGAUAGAUCUCGAUAACAAUCACAUUACUCGAAUUGGUAUAAAAUCUAUUAAUAUAAAGACUGAACAAUUAAUUUUAGCAAAUAAUGAUAUAAAUUUUGUAGAUGAUUCUGCAUUUUAUGGCUCGCAAAUAGCAAAACUAACCCUAAAAGAGAAUCUAAAAUUGAAAGAAGUCCAUCCAAAUGCAUUUUAUGGCAUUAGCAUGCAAGAGUUAGAUCUCUCCAGUACUUCGCUUGUACGUUUACCGUCCGUUGGCCUGCAGGAUAUAGAGAUACUACGCAUUGCAAAUACACAUACUUUAAAGACGAUACCGUCUAUUUAUAAUUUUAAGAAUUUACAAAAAGCAUAUUUGACGCAUUCCUUUCAUUGCUGUGCAUUUAAGUUUCCAUCCAGACAUGAUCCUCGCCGUCACGCUGAGCGUAUGGAUGAAAUUGCAAAGUGGCAAAAACAGUGCAUCAAGACAGGAAAUGACAUGGAAAGUAGUGAAAGUAAGGAUAACUUACGUUAUACGAGAGCUAAAGAGACUGAUAUAAGUAGUGAGUAUGUUGGAACACAAACAUUGCAACCAGAUGGAGUGUUUUAUAGUCGAGUGAUGAACUCAGACUUAAUCGUGAAUAAUGAAUCAAAAUCGACUGAUGAUGCAGAUUAUAUAGAUGGUGGUGAUUAUAUGUCAGAAUCAAUGAUUAAGGAGAUUGGCAUAUUUCAUGAAGAGAUAACAAUUGAUCCUGACGAGAGUCAACUUGAUGAAUAUUGCGGAAAUUUUACUUUUAGAAAACGUGAUGUUGAAUGUUAUCCAAUGCCAGAUGCACUUAAUCCCUGUGAAGAUGUGAUGGGCUACCAAUGGCUGCGUAUAUCGGUUUGGAUUGUUGUUGCUUUGGCUGUUAUUGGCAACGUAGCGGUUUUAGUUGUAAUUUUGUCCAUUAAAUCUGAAACUGCCUCAGUGCCAAGGUUUUUAAUGUGCCAUUUGGCUUUCGCGGACUUAUGCUUGGGACUAUAUUUGCUUUUGAUUGCUUGCAUUGAUGCACACUCGAUGGGAGAAUAUUUUAAUUAUGCAUACGACUGGCAAUAUGGUGCCGGCUGCAAAAUAGCCGGCUUUCUGACAGUAUUUGCUAGUCACUUAUCGGUUUUUACAUUAACCGUGAUUACCUUGGAACGUUGGUUGGCUAUAACAAGAGCGAUGUACCUAAACAAACGUAUCAAAAUAAAACCCGCAGCAUUUAUCAUGUUUGGUGGUUGGAUUUACGCAGUUGUCAUGUCACUCCUACCACUUUUUGGUAUCAGCAAUUAUUCCUCUACAAGUAUAUGUUUGCCUAUGGAAAUACGUGAACCCAUAGACACAGUUUAUUUGGUAACAAUAUUUGGUAUGAGUAGUUUGGCGUUCUUCAUAAUAGCCAUUUGUUAUGCACAAAUUUAUAUGUCACUUGGUGAGGAGACACGUCACUCUCGUAAUGCGCAUCCCGGGGAUAUGAGCAUUGCAAAGAAAAUGGCUUUAUUGGUUUUUACAAAUUUCUCUUGCUGGGCACCGAUAGCUUUCUUUGGACUUACUGCUUUGGCUGGCUAUCCAUUGAUAAAUGUGACAAAAUCUAAAAUUUUGCUUGUAUUUUUUUAUCCUAUGAACUCAUGUGCCGAUCCAUAUUUGUAUGCCAUAUUAACAUCUCAAUACCGACAGGAUUUAUACACGCUGCUUUCAAAAUAUAAAAUAAUUUACAGAUUUGGCAUUUGCAAGAAGAAGGCUUUACUGUACAAAAACAGUUUCUCAAUACCGGCAACAACUAAUGUGACUUUGCAUGGCUCGUCUAUACAUCGCCGCAGUUUAACAAUCAAAGCCGCUGACGGUAAAGUACCGGAGGCGCAAAUAAUGCUUAAGAAGCAGGAGGACUUCGUUUAGAUUAAAACUAUUUAUGUAAUAAUUUAAAUUAUUUUAAAAAUGUGUAAUAUUAUAUAAGUAUACAU